UCUCUUUCACCCAUAAUCGUCAAAUCCCACCAUAAUUUCUCUUUAUAUCUCCUUUCUUAAGUGUUUCUGAUUGACUGCCUCUUUUCAUUCUCUUCUAUGACGACGACGACGACAACAACAACAUCUACGAUUUCUAAGAGGCAACCCAUGGGGGCUUUCACAGCGCUGUUUCUUACAACCUUUGCUUUAGUGUUGGGCGCGGCCCGUGCUGAUGCUGACUUGCUUCAGGAUGUAUGCGUUGCCGAUCUUUCUUCAGGAGUGAAAGUGAAUGGAUUCCCCUGUAAGAACCCCUCAAGCAUAGGAGCAAAUGACUUCUUCUUUGCCGGUCUGGCCAAACCAGGCUUCCCCAACAACACCGUGGGGUCGCUUGUCACAGCGGCUAAUGUGGAAAAGAUCCCAGGUCUCAAUACCCUAGGCGUCUCCAUGUCUCGAAUUGACUACGCCCCCGGUGGGGUCAACCCUCCCCACACCCAUCCUCGAGCAACAGAGAUAGUUUUCCUGCUGGAAGGCGAGCUGGAGGUUGGCUUCAUAACCACAUCCAACGUGUUGAUAUCAAAGUGGAUCAAGAAGGGUGAAAUAUUUGUGUUCCCUAAAGGAUUGGUGCAUUUCCAGAAGAACAUUGGGAGGACACCUGCUGCUGUUAUUACUGCCUUCAAUAGCCAGUUUCCGGGAACACAGUCCAUUGCUGCCACCCUUUUUGGGGCCUCGCCAACAGUUCCUGAUGAUGUAUUGAGCAAGGCAUUCCAGAUUGGUAGAAAGGAGGUUCAGAAAAUCAAGACCAAAUUUGCACCUAAAAAAUAG